CGCCGUCCCCUUUCCCAGCGCCGAGAGAGCGCCUCGCCCCCGCCAUCUUGUUUCCCGCGGCCGCUGGAGCUGAGCGACGCUGCUGGCGAUGGUUCAUAGAAUCAAAGAAACCAUUUGAGGAGUGGGGCUGCCCCUCUGAGUGGCAGGGGUUAUGGCAGGGGGAAGAAGGGGACCUAACCGGACAUCCUACUGCCGCAAUCCUCUCUGUGAACCUGGAGCUCCUGGUGGUGCCAGCCACUCCACAACUUCUUCAGUCACCAGUGUGCGUUCACGUACCAGGAGCGGUUCAGGGACCGGCCUUUCCAGCCCCCCUUUGGCAACCCAAACAGUGGUUCCCCUCCAGCACUGCAAGAUCCCAGAGCUUCCCAUCGAGAGGAACAUCUUGUUUGAACUCCAGCUGUUCUUUUGUCAUCUUAUUGCUCUCUUUGUCCACUACAUAAACAUCUACAAAACAGUGUGGUGGUACCCACCAUCUCACCCUCCCUCCCAUACUUCAUUGAAUUUUCACCUCAUUGAUUUCAAUGUCCUGGCAGUGACCACUAUUGUUCUGGCAAGAAGAUUGAUAAUUGCUAUUGUGAAGGAAGUGAAAGAGGCUUCUCAUACGGGCAAAGUCUCCUUGCCACGCUCCAUCUUCCUUGUCACCAUGCGCUUUGCUGUCCUAACUGGCGCAGGCUGGAGCCUGUGCCAGUCUAUCAUUCACCUCUUCCGAUCAUACUCGCUCCUCAACCUCUUGUUCCUGUGUUAUCCGUUUGGCAUGUACAUCCCCUUCCUGCAGCUGAACUGCGAUUUCCGCAAGAGCAGCGGCUUCUCUCCUGUGGCCAGCAUUGGCCCUCGUGACACGGGGGACGUCAGCUUGCGGGGAAAGGACUACCUCUCUGUUCUCAAGGAGACUUGGAAGCAGCACACUCGGCAGCUCUACAGCAUGGAGACUAUGCCCACCCAUGCCUGCUGUCUCUCCCCAGAUCUGAUCCGCAAUGAAGUGGAGUAUCUGAAAGUGGAUUUCAACUGGCGCAUGAAGGAGGUGCUGCUAAGUUCCAUGCUCAGUGCCUAUUAUGUGGCCUUUGUACCAGUGUGGUUUGUGAAGAGCACUCAGUAUUACGACAAGCAGUGGUCGUGCGAGUUGUUCCUGUUGGUCUCCAUCAGCACGUCUGUCAUCCUCAUGCAGCACCUGCUGCCUGCCCGCUACUGCGACCUCCUGCACAAGGCUGCUGCACAUCUGGGCUGCUGGCAGAAGGUCGACCCGUCUCUUUGCUCCAACGUCCUGCAGCAUCAGUGGACGGACGAAUGUCUGUGGCCACAGGGGGUGCUAGUGAAACACAGCAAAAACGUCUACAAAGCAGUGGGCCACUCCAAUGUGGCGGUGCCUUCGGAUGUCUCCCACUUCCGCUUUCACGGUAUUUUUUCAAUUUGGGGCCUGGAACAUUAAUUUAAAAGCAUGCCAAGACAUUCGUCAUUUGCCUGAAGAAGAGGAAAUGGGAACUUAAUUCUGCCAUCACCAGAAAGGCUGGGCUAUAACUUUCUAAUUGAUAGAGACGCCCAGAGCACAGGGCCAGCGAUGCCGCUGUUAGCAACAGAGAGUUCUUAAGAAUGGGGCGUUCCAGGACCAGUGUGUGUGAAAGUGAAGGCUGCCCUGCAUCUCCCUGCUGUGUUGGCAAAAGGCUGGUUUUAUCAGUAAAGUUUUUUUUCUGGACUAUUUGCCCAUUACUCUUGCAGCUGAUCUGAAAACCACAGGCUAGAAAGUUGAAGGAUGCUAAAUAAACCCCUGUCAGUAAACACAGUUGCCCAUAACUUAGAACGCACCUUGGUAUUUCUCUGUUGGGCACUGCCACUGUUCCCCCAAACUUCUCUUCUGUGCCCUUUUCCUGUCUUGUCAUCCAGAGUUUUUCAGCCCUGCUCUGACAGCCAAGAGAGCCAACACAGCACUGAUUAAAU